GACUGCGAGAGCCGUCAGUCAAGUCAUCGCUAAGCUUCAGUCCAACAACGGCAGUAACGUCAGUGCUCAGUGGCCACAACUACAACACAGGAUGCGGGACGCGGGGGCCACAGCGCGGGACUGGCGGGACGCAAUGCACUACCGCCAACCGCGGGCCACAGCGCGGGACUGGCGGGACGCAAUGCACUGCUGCCCACCGCGGGCCACAGCCCGAGACUGGCGGGACGCGACUCAGUGCCGCCCACUGGAAGUGACGGUUGCCAACAAAGCUGCACAAUGCAGUCUCAAGGAAGACGGGAAGUUCAUGAUAAAGAGCGAGUGUGAUCUUGAUGGCGUGGCAAUGAUGCUCCCUCACGCCCCAUGCACCACCCUGGCGGUGGAGGCGUCCCCGCAGGUCCUGAGGACGGCCGGGUGGCAUAAGAUUGUCCAACUCCACAGAGGAGACUUGCGCCUCAAUCUGCUGGACUGGGAAACUGGAUUCCAACCUUGCGAUGAUGUUCUUGAGUCCCUGCUCGGCUCUAAGCCAAGGAUCAAGGGCUUCAAAGGUUGCAUCAGAACAUUUACUGGCAUCACAGCUCUGGCACAAAUAGCCUCUGCUGCAGAAUAUCUGCACAUCCGCCUUGAGGCUCCGCUUGACCUCAGACCUCUGCCACGCAAAUGUCGAUACCUGCGGAUCUACGUGCCCUUGACGAGCACCGCAAUGCUAGCUGUGCCGCUCCCAGAUCUUCCUUCUCCCCAUCUGACGGUGCUGGGGGCUGCGGCUGGGAGCGUGGAGGCCGUGGCCCAGACGGUGCUCGCUUACGCUCCCUCCAGCAAGUGGUACUCCGACAUCGCCUUGCAUUACCCGGAGCUGAGCGAAGAGGAGGAGCGGCGGCUGCUGACGCUGCUGCACGAGGCAGGAAUCAGGACCAACAACGCGGGGACCACGCGCUGCGAGGGGCAUAACAAGAAAAGGCGUCUCAUCAUUUGCAACGAGCCUCCUACGACUCCACCACCGUGACGUCACCAGGGACAUGGCGCCAGGUCAGGAGUGCUGGCAUUGAUGGAACCUAAGACCUCACCGA